GAGUAGAGCAUAUUACAGCACACCCUGGAGUAGGCCCAACUAGAAGUAGAUCGGAUGUAAAGGGACCGGAAGAGAAACAUAAAGCUUAUUAUCAAUGGGUCUCAUUCAUGCUUUUUCUUCAGGCUGGAUUAUUCUACUUUCCUCAUCUACUCUAUAAAACCUGGGAGGGAGGGAAGAUCGCGAAUAUAAUAUCAGGACUGCAUCAUGUUAUUUUGGAUAAAGGAGUUCGACAGUCAAGAGAGAAGAUUCUCGCAAGGUAUCUAUUGGAGAAUAUGAAUAACAGUAAUAUGUGGGGAGUUCGUCUUUUCCUGGUUAGAUUUGUGUACCUCUUCAAUGUUAUCUUUAACAUCGUCUUCAUCGAUUUAUUUCUAGAACGGGAGUUCAGUUCGUAUGGUUUACAAGUAAUAGAUCUGAUGGAAGACGACCCUAUAGGUCGUCCUGAUCCAAUGUCAAGGAUAUUUCCUAAAGUGACCAAGUGCACAAUGAGAAAAUUUGGACCAACAGGGAAUAUACAGAACCAUGAUGCUAUCUGCGUUCUUCCAAUUAAUAUUAUAAACGAGGUAUAUUGGAGCGAUCUACGGAAGCAUCGGAGAGAUUUACGGAAGGAUUGGAGGGAUCUACGGAAGGAUUGGAGGGAUCUAAGGAAAGAUCGGAGGGAUCUAAGGAAGGUUUGGAGGGAUCUACGGAAGGAUCGGAGGGAUCUAAGGAAGGAUUGGAGGGAUCUACAAAAGGAUCGGAGGGAUCUACGGAAGGAUCUGACGGAUCUACGAAAGGAUUGGAGGGAUCUACGAAAGGAUCUGAGGGAUCUACGGAAGGAUUGGAGGGAUCAACGGAAGGAUCGGAGGGAUUUACGGAAAAUAGAGAGAAAAGUUCUGAGCUGGCUCACCCCUAGUAAAUUUCUGUAUCCGCCCUUGAAGAAGCAAGGAGCACACAAGCAUGGACUUAGCCAACAGUUGGAUGAUAUCUCACGUCACACACAGUUUGGUGACUGGAUGGUUUUGUAUAUGCUCUGUCAGAACCUUGAACCAAUGGUUUGGGGCGAACUUAUUGAAGAACUACAUUUACUCAUCAAGGAUGCGAAUCAUAAUACUGAAGGAGACCAGGGGAAAACAGUUCAAACCACCAGGGUUAAAACCCCUCUAGCACACUCAGAUAUAUAAUCUUGCAGCGAAAACAAGAAAGCUGUGGAAUAGGAAGACGACUUUAAAGCAAUACUUAAGUGUUUUCGACGUUAUUACUAGGCUAAAAGGUUUACUAGGAACUGAUUAAAUCAAUUAUUAAGUAAAAUAGAUCUGUUUACACUUCACAGUUGCUGUGUCUCAUUCAUUGACCUACUUAAAAUCAUAACUUGAGUCUAAAAGUCGUCUUCCUAUUCCAGAAUUUUCAGGUUCUCAUUUUAGGAUGUUUAAUCCAAUUUAUGUUUAUACAAACUGAAGAUGUAUAAUUUAUAUUUUAGAGGAUUUUUUAAAUAAUAAACUUGAAUUAUAGA